AUGGGUGAUCGUGAAGGAGCGGCUCGUGCUGAUCGAAUGCUGCAAGAAAACGAGGCAAAAGCUGAAAGACUUGAUCGUGAGCGGCAAGGAGCUAUUGUCGGAGUGACUUAUCUCAACAAAAGGAACAGAAAUCACAUGAAGGAAACAUUCCUUGGUGACACACCGGUUACUGACAUGAAAAAGGAUGAUGAUCCGUUCACCCGCAAGAGUGGUCGAAUGAAGGUCGUGUCUGGAAAGGCGACACUUGGGAACAUUGAUGCUAUCGCUGCACCUUCAAAGCCACAGUCAGAAGUCCCUUCUACACUGACAUCGGCCGCCAAUGGAAAAUCUGCUCCGGUGAAACUGGCAACAGCUCCAACUUUAUCGUUAGUUGCACCGACUACGUCAAUGCGUCAGAGUGACUUGUUCAAGAUGCAUGCCGUGGAUAUUGACUAUGGAGAUCUUGAUAUUGCACUUGGUUCUCGUCCAAAUCCUCCUCCAAUGUCCACCGACUCACCGGCCGCAAGCGAGCCGAAAUCUCGCGGAAAGUUAUCCCUUGAGGAGUACAAACGUCGUCGUCAAAUGAAAACCGACGGUGUU